AUGGUGGCGGGCGAAUGGGGCUAUGCGCCGGUGUCGGCCACCCCCGCCAUGAACGCCUUCCUCGAGACCAACCAUGCGCACCUCGCCUCUUAUGGCCUGAAGAUGUCACCGCAGCCGGCUUGCGGUGUAGGCCCGCAACAUCGUGCGGCCGCACCGCAUCCGCCGCCGCCGCACCACCCACCGCACUAUCAGCCGUACCCCCUGCACUCGUACCAGCCGGGCUACCUUCGAGAAUAUGGAGGCUGUGGCGAACUGUUUCCCCAACAACCGCUGGAGCAGAGCUGGGAUUGGCGUGGAGACGUACAUUACCAAAGCGGUGCUCCGCCGCUCGUUCCGCACGCACAUGCACAUGCCCCGCAUGCAUUCCUCAGAUACGUACGCGCUCCACCGAGACGUGACAUGCGAUGUCAAUGGCUAGAUCCCGAACAGCCUCCCCCUAGGAAACUCUGCAACAAACUAUUUUCAAGUAUGCAUGAAAUCGUGACGCAUUUAACAGUGGAGCACGUGGGUGGACCUGAGUGUACAACACACGCUUGCUUUUGGCAAGGCUGUUCACGAAAUGGGAGGCCAUUCAAAGCGAAGUAUAAGUUAGUGAAUCAUAUACGUGUUCAUACGGGGGAAAAGCCUUUUCCAUGCCCCUUUCCUGGUUGCGGCAAAGUGUUUGCCAGAUCUGAAAAUCUCAAGAUACAUAAAAGAACUCACACAGGUGAGAAACCAUUCAAAUGUGAGUAUGCGGGCUGCGAUCGUCGGUUCGCCAACUCGUCUGAUAGGAAGAAACAUUCCCACGUGCACACGUCAGACAAGCCCUACAACUGUCGCGUGCACGGCUGCGACAAGUCCUACACCCACCCGUCUUCACUGCGGAAGCACAUGAAAGUUCACGGCGCUGCCGGCGACGCGUCCCCGCGCUACGACAGUGAUGGCGAUGAUUCAUCCUCUGCAGGGAGCGUAAGCGUAACAGCUGGAGCUGCCAGUCCACCUGUCCCCAUUCCCCCACCGACAAUGGCUCCAGCACCGCCUCACCACCCUCAACACCACCCAACGAUAACCGACAAACUAGAGAGCCUCAACGAUAAGUACCUCAACCCUCACGACCAAAAAUCUUACGAAAGGCCACCUGCGCCUCCUCACCACAAUCAACCCUCACAUCUCACAAAUAUAGGUGGUAAUGGUAUGAUGGAAAACAAAAUCGGCUUCGGUGGACACUGGAGUCAAUUCCAACAGCCUGCACCCGCGGUUCCACAUGGCGUGCCGGAAUGGUGGUGUCCUAGCCAAGAGUCAUACCACCACCAUCAUUUAAUGCACCAUUCUGGCGCCGCUGCCGCAUAUUGACCGCACCGCGCUUAGGGAACUCUUCAUUCGACGAUUAGGAAGCAUAAUUAUCCACGUAGCUAAAGCUCCACAUAAUAUACGUUUCACUGGAAUCCGCCUAAAGCUUUCAU